ACGGGUUGCAUAUUUGCAUGCAUUACCCCGCGCAUGCACUGUCACGUACAUGCAUUGUUACGCGCAUGCAUUGUCUUCCAUGCAUCUCUCGUUGCGUUGGACAGCCUACCCAAGUUUACCUGUCAUUCGUUCUAUGCCCCGCGUUUUUCUCAAAGCGUUUUUGUGUAUCAUAUACGCGUUUGAAUGCGUUGACUAUUGGUGAAUCUGUGGACGCUAGCCAUGCGUGUGUGUGGGCCGACAACUGCACGAUUCAUUGACAGACGCUGCUCGUGUUGAAAUAGGCGCGCCGGGCCGUGACGAGUCGAGACCUUCAAUGUACAUGCCAUGGACCACCACAGUGCCGGUCCCCCCUCCCGUCACCCCCGCGCCGUACCACACACCCUUAGUGCCAACUAGCCUCGUCCAACCGCCUCACACAUGGACCAAGAACGAGGUUCGAGUCUGGUUGGAGUGGUGUGCAGGGGAGUUCUCAAUAGAGCCUGUCGCGCCAGACAAGUUCGACAUGAACGGAAAGGCUCUCGGUCUCUUGACCCGGGCUGACUUCAUGGAGCGUGACCCCACAUCGGGAGACCUCCUGUUUAAUGCUCUACAAAGACUUAUCAGCAAACACGAAAUACCACCACCCUGCUCUUACUCACCCUUUCCUACAAUCCCGCCGCCAGAUGCCGCUUCGGGCUUCGGUCGCCAUAUCACGUGUCCACAGCUGAAACAACCUCCGCCAGCAGCCCUGGUACACAACCAGGAACACCGAACAAAUGGCAUCCUCCUUCUGACAGACAGCCCUGCAAACUGCAGCAUGCAACCAACAUUCAGCACGGACAAGCCGCACAAGUCCUACAUCCCCAUCCUACCUGGGCCUGUGACGUCAUAUCCGUCCCCGUUGCCACCACAUAAAGAUCUCAGCCCUAAAGUCCACAUUCCAGGUAAGAGCGUGUUGAGUCCUGCCUUAACCAACACGGACACAGACAGUGCCUUGUCAGACACAGAGUCGCCCCCUGAAGGCGAUGAGGAAAUGGAAUACCGAGAGGAACUUGAGAAUCAUAUACACCAAUCAUCAGAGGGCUCCAUAUCACGUGACGUGUCAGCUGAUCUCAACAUGCCCCACCUUAAGAAAGGCGAAGGAGACUGCAGGUUGUUAUGGGAGUUCAUCCACCAGCUGCUGCUGGACCCCAAGUACCGGGACUACGUGAGCUGGGAGAAGCAGGAGGAGCUGAUAUUCCGCAUCAUCAACCCGACCGGCCUGGCCGAGCUGUGGGGGUACCAGAAGAACAGGACCAACAUGACGUACGAGAAGCUAUCCCGUGCCCUGCGCUACUACUACAAGAUGAACAUCAUCAAGAAGGUGCAAGGGAAACGACUCACAUACCAAUUUCUUCAGCAUCCUCGGAAUAUCAAGAAAGGUCAGAGAGGAGCUAGGCCCCAUUCUGCCAGAGUUACCCAACAGGAGCCCAAUAACCCCACACCUCAACCAAUCAAACACGAGCCUCACAACGAGGCUGUGACUCCGGCAAGCAAUGACAUUCAUUCUGUGGACCAGCCUCCAAUCAGAAGUCCAGUAAUCGAAGCCUAUGACAAUUACGACAGCCAGUGUGAUUUACAACUAAUUGACGGUCGUUUGAGACCAACCAUCGACGAUGACGAGGACGGGGACAGAUUUGAAGGACUCGACGACCACACGGUCCCAUAUGUCAAACAGGAAGGUAUGAGUGCGCCGGUGCAAGACGAACCGGAAGACUUGUCAAUGAAAACGCUCUUUAGCAAAAGAGGGCCAGAUUCAGCAGAUUACGUAAAUGAUGAGCACUUUGAGACGCACAUAAAACUGGAAGUGGCAAGCUGACACGGGUGUUGAACUGGGUAUUUUUUCCCUACGAACGUGUUGAAAAGGAAAGAACAAUUUGGCAGUAUAAAUUACGAAUGAGCUGAAGACAUGGAAAUGGAUUCACCAACGUAGACCUCUUCACCAAUAAGGACGAACAUGAGACUCAGGUUUCAGACUGACAAUUGGUGUAUUUAAGAAAUUGUCAAGCUAUUCACAUGCGCUUGGUGAAUGCCUAUGAUUCCUGACAAUAAGUUUAUUUCAACCAGUGACAUGAUCGAAAAUGUUGUUGUUAUUGUUGUCGUUGUCAUAAACAUAAUUUAGAUUGUUUUUAUCUGGAUGUGAUAGUUGGGGUAUGUUUUCUAAACUGGGUCCGAGUCGAUGAAUGGGUUCGUGUUUGUGAUAUAAGAGAAAUGGCUUCUUCAUUACGAAGACUGAAUAUACCAGUAUGCAGAUAAUGUAUCCAGGUGUGGCUUAACCGUUGCACGUAUGUUAUGGAAACUUAUUGGCACGAUUCAUGCAACCUUUAGCCAUUUGUAAAUACCAAAGGUAGCUAUUAAAAGUGUACUUAAGAACCAUCCACACAUGUUCAUAGUCUUCAGGUACAAAUACAGUGUAUUAUAUACACUGUCGGACUUCUAGUGAUCUCGGCAUUAGCUAUUACACAGAUGAGGGAGGGGCAUGGAAUCCAAGUCGUCUGAGGCGCCAAAUGUUCGAUGUGCACAGCUACGUUCCUUAAUUUGGGGUAUAAGAAUCCCAUAAUCGAGGGUUCGACUCCUAUAGUUACACUGAUUUGUCAGGACCACACCUCUCUCUCUCUCUCUCUCUCUCUCUCUCUCUCUCUCUCUCUCUCUCUCUCUCUCUUUGUGUAUCUUGAAGUAAUGGCAGUAUAACCUAUAUUUCCGUACUAAGAACUCUCUCUCUCUCUCUCUCUCUCUCUCUCUCUCUCUCUCUCUCUCUCUCUCUCUCUCUCUCCGACCAUGGCUAUGCAAGACAUAUGAUAAUAACACUGGACGACAAAAUAAAAAACCAUCGGGGUUUAAUGAAUUAAUAAAUACAUUUGUUGCAAUUAGGCGAACGAAACGCCCGUCCCCCACAGAAGAAACAUAUCUUUGUGAAACAGUAUGAAUACUUUUAACGUCAGGAUUAUUCACCAUGACGUAACAAUAUUCAAAGGGAGAAGACUUCCCUUCAGUUAAAUUAGAUGUAGGUGAGUAGUAUUUGUUUGUCUGUUUGUUGUUUAACGCCGCACUCAGCAAUAUUCCAGCUAAUAUGACGGCGGUCUGUAAAUAAUCGAGUCUGGCCCAGACAAUCCAGUGAUUGACAUCAUGAGCAUCCAUCGACGCAAUUGGGAUACGGUGACAUGCACCAACCUAGUCAGCGAGCCUGACCACCCGAUCCCGUUAGUCGCCUCUUUCGACAAGAAUAGUCACCUUUUACGGCAAGCAUGGGUAGAAGUACAGCAGUUUGUUACAGGCAGCAGGUGAAAUCGGCCUUUAUCCGGCGCCACCUACACCGGUUAUAUCAUAGACAUGUGCCUUCGAUGGAAUGAGCUAAACUGCUAUUUUUGGUAUAUAUACUGAACAAAACAAAUUAGGGAACAUGAAAUAUGUUUAUUUGAGAAAUAUGAAAUUGUGUUUUUUGUCUUCACCACAAAAUAUGUCCCCCAAAAUAUUCAUGUUCCCUAACUUUUUUGUUCAGUAUAAUUCACACUGCAUCGUACCAAUUCUGUACCUGAUAUCUUUGAAACAUUCCGACUGCGGAUCAUAAAAGUGACAGUAAACGAUGCUUUGAUUGGUCGGAUGAAAGGUCGUUCUGACGUGACCUGUAAUGGGAUGACCUCAGAUCUUUGUUUAGCGAUAUCGAGAACUAAGAUCGUAUUUUAAUGAGAUUGGAGUGAUCAGUAUAUAAUGUUAGGAUACCUUAAAUAUGAUAAGUGUGACAUUCAUAUUGAUUGAACAAUACGUAUUUUACCGUAGCGCUUCCUGGUUAUAAAUGUCGAUCCGAGUGCUUUCAUUCAGCUCUACAUUCCGGUAGGACCGAAUUCGGUGCCGAAAUCGUGACCGGCCUUAACCCGGAUGUCGCUCUAAGUUCGUAUUAUCCGAAGUCUGGGUGUAGUGAAAUAGAUUAAAUAGUUCAACAUUUCGACUUAGACGAAGUGUUUUAGGUUGACACUGACGUAUACUUUGCAGGCAGGAACCGCUCAAAUGGCAUGUAAUCUACUCCAGUGGUAUGGAACUGUGUGAUACAUGAUUAUUUCUUCCAUGACACUGGCUGUGUUUCAAAGCAUUUAGGGAAACCACUCGUAGCAAAAAGUAGUUCUGAUACGAUGAAGGCAUGCUGUCUUUAUUAUCAUCGCGAUCACGUCAGUCAGGAUCCUCGUGAAUCCCGUGUAUUAUAUUUCCGCCAUUGAAUCGUUUCCAAAUUGACGUCACCUCCCAUCCACCAUAUCACGAACGUAUCACAGAGUUCUUCUCGCUCAUCAUUUUUAAUUUGAUUGGACGGCUUUUUAUAACGCCGUGGCCUUCAAAACGAGAUGUAAUACACUGGACAAUCGAGGAUGGCCAAUCAAGUGUUAUUUAUUUUUUUAUUUAUUUUUUUAUUAUUAUUUUUUUCUAUGAACUCUAUUACUUUAAGAUUUGUGUCAUCGUUGUCUUAAAGCGCAUCUGGGCUAAUAUUGUAUGGUACAUUCCAGCAAGUGUAUUAUUCUGUAUUAUUGCAGGUGGAUACAAGUCCUGUUUUUAGAUCUAAAAUCAGGAUAAUGUUCGGAUAGAUGGUGAUAUUUUGAUUUUUUAACCAUACAGUUGUCCAAACAUCUUGUGUGCCGAAGAAUGUGUGUUCUAUCAGUUAAGGCAAGAUUUGUUUUUAUCUUCGUUUACGAACAUUUUUGUGAAAAUUACUGAUCGUAGGGGGGAAAAUGUAAUAAAAAUGUCAUGUCAGAUGGAUUUUAUUCAAAACGUUAUCUGAAUAUGUAGACGGAUGCGCAGUGUUUGUCUUAUUAUUGCCUUUAACAAUAUAUGCAUAAAACUAUGCAUGUUAUUUUAUGUCAGAAAAAAGCAGCGCUUGAUUCGUUUUCUAUUUUUCAACCUAGGAGGGUAGGCGGGCCCGUAAAUCAUUAUCUUAUCUUAAAAGAUAUCUCGACUUACAUUGUGGGUCUUUAGCAAUAGAUUUAAGCAUGGUGACUAUUUAGAAUAAGGUCGCAGGGGAAUUUUUUUUAAAAAGACUAAAAUUAGAUGUCAUGUUCUAAUUUGCAUUUAUAUGUGAACUUAGUUCAACUUAAUGAAAUCCUAAACAAACGGCAUAAUUCUACAUGUAGAGUCACGUGACUGCAACAACACAAGAGUAUUUAGGCUGUAUUCAGGUGGCACCGUGACGUCACGGGUAAUGUCACGUGAUCGGUAUCAGCGUGUAUGCUUGUGGGGCCACAGGAAACUUGUUAUUUGUUAGUCGGAUUCGCCGCCAUGUAUUUUUCGAGACAAACAAAACAUGUUUGGUGAUAUUAUGAACAAAAAAACACACAUUAAGCUACAAGAUUACCUCUAAUCUUGCACGAAAUACUCCAAACAUUAAACGUCAUGAAUAGUGCGUUGUUCUUUCGACUUGAGUAACAGACGCACAUAGCACUGACGACUUUCUCGACCGACCAUAUUAGGAGGUCUGGUAUUUCGUUUUCAAUUUGUUCAAGAAAAUACUCGAAAAUCAUUUUGCCUCAGGUUUGAUGCACAGGGGUGCCCUCCCUCUUCAAAAUCGUUGAUCUGCCUCUGACACCACCUCCGACAAACAAGUAAUCACUAUGCACUGCCAAUUUGGCGAAAUUGAAUCGUGUUAGAUAUAUAAUGUACAGUUGUAGAUGUUGAUGUUAUUACCGCUAUACAAUGGAGCUUGUUAAAUAUGUAUUUUCGAAAUGUUACCUAUUACCUAAAGAAUAAAGAUGAUUUAUCAUA